ACGAAGAUUUGUUGGAGGAGGAAAUGCCCACGACAUUCCCUGAGUACGAGAACGUGGCUCGGAACAAACCAACCAACCAGUCAUCCACCGCUCACGGUGGCGAGUCUAAGAGGGCUGUAGAUGGUUACAUGGCCGAGGGGGCUGUUAGCUGGAACGGACAAUCUUGUACUCACACCAACAGAGCUGCCUUGGAGUACUGGGAAGUGGAUCUAGAGCACGAGUACCACAUUGAUUACAUCAAGAUCCUGGGAAGAAGUGACUGUUGUCGUGAGAGGAUGGGAGGUGCCGUGAUUAAAAUGGACGGAAAAACAGUUGCUGGUCUGAGUUACUACACAAAUCAGUUGGAAUGGACCGUCCCAAUGAACUAUGCUAAGGGGCGCAGGCUAACUGUCACUCAAACAAGCCAAAUUCUUACUAUUUGCGAGUUUGCUGUCUAUGUUGAUCACAAUUACGACCCAACCACGGACACUGAAAACCAGUUGGAUCUAACAGAAGAAAACCUGGCUCUGAAGAAAGUUGCCACCUCCUCCAGCGUCAUGCUAGGAGGUGAGGCUGGUAACGGGGUGGACGGAGACAGCGAGGGCAACUACUACAAAGGUUCGUGUGUAUCAACGGGAGUUCAGCAAGGUGAGAGCUGGUGGAUGGUGGAUCUAGUGGACUCUCACAGUGUGGGACACGUAAUAGUUUACCCCAGACUCGACACUAAUCUUGCUGCUAAUCUUGACGGCGCAGUGGUUUCAGUUGGGGAGCAUGUUUGCGGUACCAUCACGUUCGUGGAGAACAGGCAGUGGUACAGAUUAGACUGUAAGGGACAAGCUGGUUCCAGUGUGAGCGUGAAGAAAGAAACUGGGCACCUACAGUUUUGCGAGGUUAUCGUUCAAGCAGCCGAAGAUUAAUAGAGUGUAAGGAAAACGUGUUUUGUCGGACUUUUGAGUGUUGAAGUCAUGACAUGAAGGUGACCUCAGAAAUGUUUGUUUAUCAUUUAAUGAUAGUGUUCAAAUUUGUAAAUUAUGGAUAAUUCUUCUGCCUGAUCCGUAUAAACUAUAAUAAUAAUGUUAGUUGAAUUUUCAGUUUAAAGUUUAUCAGUAAAAUUCUUAAUAUCAUAUCGUAGAUUUUGAAUAUGAUC